CCUGAACACAGUUUCCAAGUUUGGAUCUCACUAAUGUUAUAUAUACUGCAGUGAACAUAUAAGUAUCUAACUUGGUAAAUGUUCGAUACGGACUCUCUACUCUGUACAUAUUUGCCUUUAUAUCCCCAAUGUUCAUGUGCACACUUGGCCGCGUUGAUAAGCAUCAGCCAUUUCUUAGACCAGGUGAUUAGAGCAUCUAAGUCAUGAAGUGCACAUGCAUCUGCGUCUCCUUUUAUUUCUCGUCAGAUCUUUGUAUCAGCGUGUGGUAGCAUCGAGGACUCGACUAUACUUGGAAGUCCAUGUAAAUAAAGUAUACAAUGCAAAGUACCUGGAAAAGUCUCGCGUUACUCCACUGAUUACUGUUUCCCAGGAGGAGUAUUUAGAAUUUAUCCGUACUUUUUGUCCACAGCCUACCAAACAUACCUGAUCUACUCUAGGAUAGGUCCUGCAGUUCUUAGAUUUCCCAGCAUCAUGAUUGGUCUCGCAAAGUAAUGACAUUUGGCACUAAAACCCUAUUUAAACGCAUCUGAUGAAAUCGAAAAGCUACUUUGUCGAAAAUUCACUCGGUUUAUGAUGACUCGUGCAGAAGACUUUGUUAUACUUAGGCGUAAACCUGUCCCUGGCUAUGACAUCAGUUUUCUUAUCACUAAUUUUCACACGGAACAGAUGUCAAAGGCAAAAUUGGUUGAUUUCGUAAUUACUUUCAUGGAUGAGAUUGAUAAAGAAAUUUCCGAAAUGCGCUUAGCAGUGAAUUCUCGGGCUCGUCAAUGUGCUGAAGAAUUUUUGAAGGCGUUUGACUAA